AUGGUAACCCUUCGUGCAGAUGAAAUUAGUAAACUUAUCCGUGAACGUAUUGAGCAAUAUAAUACCAAAGUAAAAAUUGUAAAUACAGGUACGAUACUUCAAGUAGGCGACGACAUUGCUCGUAUUUAUGGUCUUAAUGAAGUAAUGACAGGUGAAUUAGUAGAAUUUCAAGAUGGUACUGUAGGCAUUGCUUUGAAUUUGGAAUCCAAAAAUGUUGGUGUUGUAUUAAUGGGUGAUGGUUUUUUCAUACAAGAGGGAAGUUCGGUAAAAGCAAUAGGAAGAAUUGCUCAGAUACCCGUAAGUGAGGGUUAUUUGGGUCGUGUUGUAAAUGCCCUAGCUAAACCUAUUGACGGUCGAGAAGAAAUUUCAGCUUCGGAAUCUCGGUUAAUCGAAUCUCCCGCUCCCGAUAUUAUUUCCAGACGUUCCGUGUAA